CUUCCGAUCGGUGAAGGUGGUCUUCCUGGUGGAAACGGGCUUCCUGGGAACCCUGGAGAUCCUGGCCGACCUGGACUGAAAGGAGAAGAGUGCGAGCCGUACAGAGGGGAUUUUGAUACAAGGAAUAUACAAAAAGGACAACCGGCAGGACCAGGUCGCCGUGGUCCUGUUGGUCCACCGGGACCACAAGGAAUCCAAGGCAACCCAGGAUACCAGGGUGUACCAGGACCAAGAGGCAUGCAGGGUGAAGAAGGGCCUGCUGGAAACAAAGGACCACAGGGAGACCCUGGUCCUGCUGCAAUGGAAGGAAACAAGGGCGAAUUGGGCGAGCAGGGAGAGCCAGGAGACCCAGGAACCCUUGAAGUGGAGGGAAAGACAGGAGAUGCGCACCGCGCCCCUCGUUGCUUGCCUUCCUUCGCUCGAUUCGGCACUCUUCCAGUCUGUGUUGAAAUCGCCCGAGAAAAACCUCAAAAUUCAAGGGACCGGCUGGUAAAGAUGGUUUGCGGGGACCAAAAGGAGUCAAGAAACUCAGUCCGUUAUUGCCAACAGGGUGAAGCUGGUGUACAAGGACCUACAGGGCCUGCUGGUGACCCUGGCAUGACUGGAGUCCCUGGUUUUCCUGGAAUCAAUGCUAUCCCUGGUAUCCCUGGUAUCCAAGGACCUAAGGGAUUCUAUGGCUUGUGCGGAUGCAACGGAAGCAGGGGUGAAGGUGGUCUUCCUGAUGGAAACUGGCUUCCUGGGAACCCUGGAGAUCCUGGCCGACCUGGACUGAAAGGAGAAGAGGGCGAGCCGUACAGAGGGGAUUUUGAUACAAGAAAUAUACAAAAAGGACAACCGGGAGGACCAGGUCGCCGUGGUCCUGUUGGUCCACCGGGACCACAAGGAAUCCAAGGCAACCCAGGAUACCAGGGUGUACCAGGACCAAGAGGCAUGCAGGGUGAAGAAGGGCCUGCUGGAAACAAAGGACCACAGGGAGACCCUGGUCCUGCUGCAAUGGAAGGAAACAAGGGCGAAUUGGGCGAGCAGGGAGAGCCAGGAGACCCAGGAACCCUUGAAGUGGAGGGAAAGACAGGAGAUGCGGGAGAUCAAGGACCGAAAGGCAAUGUGGGCGAGCCGUACAGAGGGGAUUUUGAUACAAGAAAUAUACAAAAAGGACAACCGGGAGGACCAGGUCGCCGUGGUCCUGUUGGUCCACCGGGACCACAAGGAAUCCAAGGCAACCCAGGAUACCAGGGUGUACCAGGACCAAGAGGCAUGCAGGGUGAAGAAGGGCCUGCUGGAAACAAAGGACCACAGGGAGACCCUGGUCCUGCUGCAAUGGAAGGAAACAAGGGCGAAUUGGGCGAGCAGGGAGAGCCAGGAGACCCAGGAACCCUUGAAGUGGAGGGAAAGACAGGAGAUGCGGGAGAUCAAGGACCGAAAGGCAAUGUGGGCGAGUCGUACAGAGGGGAUUUUGAUACAAGAAAUAUACAAAAAGGACAACCGGGAGGACCAGGUCGCCGUGGUCCUGUUGGUCCACCGGGACCACAAGGAAUCCAAGGCAACCCAGGAUACCAGGGUGUACCAGGACCAAGAGGCAUGCAGGCUGAAGAAGGGCCUGCUGGAAACAAAGGACCACAGGGACCACGUGGUCAGCCCGGACCCGAGGGGUCACCUGGUCUUCCUGGAGAAAGAGGAACGGGUGGAGUUCCUGGCCCCAAAGGCAAACAAGGCGCACCUGGUACAAUCGGCUUUCCUGGAUCUUGUGGGGACACUGGUGAUCUGGGACCUCCAGGUGCUAAGGGUCUUCCAGGGGCUCAACAGUAUGGGCCCCUCGGCGAGGCAGGACCUCCUAGAAGCCAAGGCUCUCCUGGUGCUCCAGGCAUCAUUGGCAUGAACGGAGCAAUGGGCAAGAAAGGCGACACGGGACCACUCGGUCCUAAAGGACAGCCGGGCUCUCCUGGUAUUGAUAUUCCUGGUCCUAAGGGCAUGGACGGACCUCCUGGAGAAAAGGGCCUCCCCGGAGUUCAAGGCGACCCUGGUAUCAAGGGUCCCAAAGGGGGACAGUGGCAAUGAUGGUAACCCAGGCCCACGAGGAGAUCUCGGGUCUGGCGGUCAACAGGGAGACCGUGGUGAAGCUUCUAUCAAUG